CGCCGAUAUAUAUAGGGCGAUAAACCUAUAUGAAAUUAUUUUUCCUUAAAAGCAAUAGAAGUCUUGUGCUUUAUAAACACCAGCAAAACUAUUAAUCAAGUAUGGAUGAUGAUGCAGAAACCUACAAGCUAUGGAGAAUUCGGAAAACGGUCAUGCAACUUAGUCACGAUAGAGGUUAUCUUGUGACCCAAGAUGAAUUGGAUCAAACACUGGAACAGUUCAAGGAGCAGUUUGGCGAUAAACCGAGUGAAAAACGACCAGCACGUUCGGAUUUGAUUGUUUUGGUAGCCCACAACGACGAUCCGACGGAUCAGAUGUUCGUCUUUUUUCCAGAAGAACCGAAAAUAGGCAUCAAAACAAUCAAGACUUAUUGUACCCGAAUGCAAGAGGAAAACAUUCAUCGUGCUGUCGUAGUAGUACAAGCCGGAAUGACACCGUCCGCUAAACAAUCACUGGUUGACAUGGCACCCAAGUAUAUUCUGGAGCAGUUCCUUGAAUCAGAACUACUAAUCAAUAUCACCGAACAUGAACUUGUUCCGGAACAUGUGGUAAUGACACCGGAAGAAAAACAGGAACUUUUGGCACGAUACAAACUGAAGGAAAACAUGUUGAUGAGAAUCCAGGCCGGUGAUCCAGUGGCCCGUUACUUUGGUUUGAAGCGCGGUCAGGUGGUCAAGAUUAUUCGGCCUUCUGAAACAGCUGGGCGGUACAUUUCUUACCGAUUAGUAUGCUAAAUAAGUAAUUGCUAUAUUUAUCAAUACAGGGCUGGAAAAGCGGGCCUAACAACUUUUGUACACAAUUCGCCAAUACGAAACAUGGCGGACAUUUGUUUGACGUAUCCAGUGGGACUUCCCCUACACGAUGAUUAUGUUGGUUUACGUGGGUGUGUCUUAAAUUCCUAAAAAUCAUCGAGAGAAGUCAUUGGUUACAAAAACUGCUAGGCCUUUUUCCAGCUCUGUAUUGACAAGAAAUGCAUUAUUGUAA